AUGCCGUUCAUCGACGAGUCUGUUAGUGCGCCGAGCACAAAUCAGCCUAUUGCAAUCAUCGGGAUUGGCGUGAGAGCCCCAGGAGAUGCCUCCGACCCAGAGAAGUUCUGGCAGAUGCUCCUUGAUGCCCGUUCUGCGCGCUCCGAAAUACCAAAAGACCGCUACAAUGUCGACGGCUUCUACCACCCUGACCCGGAAAGACUGGGCAGCAUACAGCAGAGGCACGCUCAUUUCUUGAAGCAGGACUUCAAGGUCUUCGACGCACCCUUCUUCUCCGUCACCCCCAAAGAGGCCAAGGCGAUGGAUCCUACACAGAGAAUGCUCCUUGAGGCUGCAUAUGAAGGCUUUGAGAACGCUGGCUUGAGACUGGAAGAUGUCUCGGGAACGCAAACGUCGUGUUACAUUGGCACAUUUACGAACGACUUUGUCAACUUACAAGCCCAAAGCAACGAAGCCCCUUCCAUCUACCAUGCCACUGGCCUCUCAUCCUCUUUGGCCUCAAAUAGGCUGUCUUGGUUUUACAAUCUUAAAGGACCCUCGGUCACAGUCGACACUGCAUGCUCGUCAAGUCUGACUGCUUUCCACUUGGGUUGUCAGAGUAUCCGUACUGGGGAGGCGGAAAUGAGUAUUGUUGCAGGUGCCAACCUGAUGUUCGGGCCUGAUAUGUCCAUCCUUCUCGGGGCCGCAAAGAUUCUCUCCCCAGAUGGCAAGUCCAAGAUGUGGGACGCCAAGGCCGAUGGAUUUGCUCGAGGAGAGGGAUUCGGCGUCACCAUCUUGAAGCCUCUUGAAGCCGCGCUUCGCGAUGGAGACACCAUUCGAGCUGUCGUCCUGGCUUCGGCAGCAAACGAAGACGGCCGAACCCCCGGAAUUUCACUACCGAACAGCGAAGCCCAGCAAGAGCUAAUCCGCAAAGCUUAUCGCGAUGCAGGCGUCGAUCCUGCGGAGACGGGCUAUGUUGAGGCUCACGGCACUGGAACCCAAGCCGGCGACCCGCUCGAGGCUCGUGCCGUUCUGAAGACGAUUGGAGAUCUGCCCAGUCGCAAGUCCGAUCUCUACGUCGGUUCAGUGAAGACCAAUAUCGGACAUCUGGAGGGCGCAGCGGGUGUCGCUGGCAUCAUCAAGGCUGCCUUCGCCGUUGAAAGGGGACUGAUCCCUCAGAACCUGUGGUUUGAGGAACUCAAUCCCCAGAUCGAACUUCCAGAGAAUGUCAAGGUCCCCACAACCCUUACAGUUUGGCCCGGCAGCGGUCCGCGACGGGCCAGCAUCAACUCUUUUGGUUUCGGAGGAGCCAACGCCCACGUGAUUCUCGAAGAUGCUGCAUCUUAUCUGUUCCGUCACGGCCGUUCAGGACGCCACUACGCAACUGCCAACCCGAAGCUUCCUACCAUUUCCAGUUCAGCCAGUGAAAGUGGCUCCGAAACAGAGACAAGCAGCAACGCCAGUCACGAAGAAGUUGCUCCUAAACUAUUUGUGCUUUCUUCCAACGACCAGGAGGGUGUGAAGCGCAACGUUGAGAGACUGGCAUCCUACUUGGAUGGCAAGACCUCAAGCAAGCCUUCUUUCCUGUCCGAUCUUGCAUAUACUCUCUUUUCCAAGAGAACCACGCUCCCUUGGAAAUCAUUUGCCAUUGCCUCUGAUGUCUCAAGUCUCCGUCAGGGUCUUGAGAAGAUUCCUGCCGUGGUCCGAUCCUCCAGCUCCUCGGUGCCGAGGAUAGCCUUUGUCUUUACUGGACAGGGUGCACAAUACUUCCAGAUGGGCAAGGAGCUUUCAGUUUACAAGACUUUCCAAGACAGCAUGCUGCGGUCCGAGCUGAUUCUCAAGUCUCUGGGCUGUCCAUGGGCCUUGACAGAGGAGCUGGACCGUGACGAGUCGGGCUGUAACUUGCGCCGGACGGACUACAGCCAGCCUGUAUGCACCGCUUUGCAAGUCGCUCUUGUCGAUCUCUGCAAGGAAUGGGGUGUCAAGCCCGUCGCUGUCGUGGGUCACUCGAGCGGUGAAAUCGCAGCCGCUUACUGUGCAGGCUUCAUCGAUCAUGAGGCAGCAGUCAAGAUCGCAUGGCUGAGAGGCCAGGUCUCCCAGACAGUUUCUAAGAAUGGCGGAAUGUUGGCUGCCUCUGCGAGUGCUGAGAGCAUCAGGGAGCAUCUUGAAGCUCUAAAGCUUGGCAAGGCUACUGUUGGAUGUUUCAACAGCUCUAAGGCCUGUACUGUCUCUGGUGAUAACGUCGCUAUUGACGAGCUUCAGGAGAUCUUGAAGGCGGCCCAAAUCCCGUGCACACGCCUCCCUAUGGACGUUGCCUAUCAUUCUUUCCACAUGGAGGCCGCAAGGGAGAGAUAUGAGGCCGCGCUGGCGGGCAUCCCGCAUGGCUCUUCUGACAUUCCUAUGUUCUCAUCUGUGACCGGCAAGCAGGUUACCCCCGAGCAGAUGACACCUUCUUACUGGGUUGACAACCUAGUGUCUCCUGUCAACUUCGUCAACGCAGUCAAAUCCCUCCUGCACCACACCGAAGGAAAGACUCGAUCCCACGACAGAACCGCUUUCGCUAGCGCUUUUGUCGAGUUGGGCCCUCACUCUGCUCUGCGGAGCUAUCUUCUAGACAUCUUCUCCACGGAGAACCGAUUCUCCGACCUCUCCUACACUACAGUGCUUAGACGAAAGUUCAACGGAGUGCGGACCGCUCUUGAAGCGAUGGGUCAGCUCUGGUCGAAGGGGUGUGACAUUGACAUUAACCGAGUCAACGAAGUCUCGGACACCGCAAACAUGCUGGUCGACCUGCCACCCUAUGCAUGGAACCACACUCGCACAUUCUGGGAAGAAUCUUAUCUCAGCCGUGAGUAUAGACUAAGAGAGAAAUCUCGGUCAGACUUGCUCGGAUAUCGCAUCCCGGGCACGCCGGAUCCGACCUGGCGCUGUCACUUGCGGUGCACCGAAAACCCUUGGAUCCGUGAGCACAAGGUCCAGGGUGACAUCUUGUACCCUGGAGCUGGCAUUGUCGUCAUGGCGAUCGAAGCAGCUCGCCAGCUUGCCGAGGAGCAGGCCACCGAGGAGAUUUACGGAUACGAACUCCGUGAUGUCGCCAUUGACACUGCUCUCAGGGUACCCGACACCGAAAAAGGCAUCGAGGUUAUGGUUCAGCUUCAUGGUCGACGAACUGGAACGAGAGCUGGACCCUCCACCACUCUCAACGAGUUCUCCGUCUCUUCCUGGUCAGAGGACAUCAAAGAAUGGACCGUACACGCACGAGGUCUUGUCUCCGUCACCUACAAGUCUUCCAUUUCCCCCUCUAUGGAGCGCGAGCUGGCUCUCGAGCGCGAACGCCACGCACAAUCUUUCGCCAACGCCAAGAGAAUCUGUCAGAAGCCCGCGCGUAACUUCCUCUACGAUACAGUAGAGACCAUCGGCAUGGAGUACGGGCCGACCUUCCGGAACAUGACUGAGCUGUUUGCGGGCUCAAAUGCAAGCUACGGCGUCAUCACUGUCCCAGACACAAAGUCUGUCAUGCCUAAGGGCUUCGAGUACCCCAACGUCGUUCAUCCUGCCACCCUGGAUUCUGUGCUCCAUCUUCUGUUCCCCUCCAUCAGUGGUGAAGACCAGUCUUUGAAUGAAGCGGUCGUGCCGUUCUCUUUUGACCGCAUCUUCGUCUCGACCAAGCUUUCGGGAGUUCCAGGAACUAAGCUUCACGGAUGCUCCACUGCUCAAAAGACCAGCUACACCACUUGGAAGUCUUCUAUCACCAUAUCAGAGGACCUCUCGGAGCCCGUGAUCAUCAUGGAAGGUGUUUCUCUGGCAUCUGUCGGCGAAGGAGACGCACAGAAGACCCAAGAGACGAGGGCUUCUUGCUUUGGCCAGACUUGGCAUGAGGAUGCCGAUCUGCUUGAGCCUUCUCAGAUCAAAGAGUUGGUUUACAAGCGCACUCUCAAGAGCAAGGACGAUGAAUCUGUUCUUGACAAGCUCGAAUACGUCUGUCUGGUACACAUCUAUCGAUGCCUUGCCUGGCUCGAAAGCGAGCAAGGCAAGCCUUUCGUACCCCAAGAUGGCUUCUGGAAGCUUUAUGUUGAGUGGAUGCGCGACACCAUCAAGCAGUUCCCCCCUCUUGCUACCGAUGAGGCAGAAGUCGAGGCGGAAUUGGACGCUGCGCGUAAGAGGAUCAUUCUGUCCGAGAGCGGCGAUAUCACAGUGCAGAUGGUCGACCGCAUCGGAGAGAACCUAAAGAGGAUUUUCACACGGGAAGUCGAGCCCCUGCAGGUCAUGACCGAGGGUGACCUGUUGUACUCGUUCUACCGCGGCGCCUUCGGAACGAGCUUCAACACCAACGUCGCGGAGUACGUGGGAAUGAUCGCGGACAAGAGCUCUGGGGUCAAGAUCUUGGAAAUCGGAGCUGGAACCGGCGGUACUACUUACCACGUCCUCGAGCGCCUGCGCAAUGCGGAUGGCACUUCCAAGGCCGCCAAGUACUGCUUCACGGAUAUAUCUCCGGGCUUCCUUGCCAAGGCCGCUGACCGCUUCUCCAAAGAUGCAUCGAUCAUGGAGUUUGCCACUCUGAACAUCGAGAACGAGCCCACGGAGCAGGGGUUUACGCCCGAGAGCUACGACCUUAUUGUCUGCGCUAACGUCCUCCACGCUACUAAGAGCAUUCAAGAGACCCUGACCCACUGCAAGUCUCUGCUCAAACCUGGUGGCAGACUCGUGCUCUCAGAAGUCACGAUCAAGCGCAUCUUCUCAGGCUUCAUCAUGGGUCCCCUCCCUGGAUGGUGGCUCGGAGAGGACGAUGGCCGCACGGGUGGCCCUCUUCUGGACGUCGAGGAAUGGAACACUGCAUUGGUGAAGGCUGGGUUUUCGGGUGUCGACGUUGACAUCCGUGGUGACCGGGAAACCUCAAAGGAGCCCGUCUCUUUAAUUCUGUCGACGAAACCAGAGCAAGAGAUGCCCGGCCCGUCUCAGUUUGUAAUCAUCAGCACAGGCUCCGAGGCGUCCGAGAAGCUCAGCCAGUCAAUUCAGAAGCAACUCGCUUCUGCCAGCCAGGAUGUCACCAUUGUGCAGUGGAACGACAUUGACGCUUCCAAAAGCCAACUGAACGGAAAGUAUUGCCUCUCUCUUGCGGAGUGGGAGAGCCCCGUCCUUUUCGACCUUACAGACAAGAACUGGGAGAGGUUGCGCCAAGUCAUUCUCGGGUCUGCUGGGACGCUUUGGAUCACUGGCGGUGCCGCAAUGGACUGCCAGGAACCACUGAAAUCCCUUAUGGUAGGUCUUUCAAGGGCCAUUCGCAACGAAGACGCAGGAGUCCGCCUUGCUACUCUCGAUUUGGAGACGCCCAGCAGCAUUAACUUCGAUGACGCCGCCAAGAACGUUCUCAGGGUAGCCUUGAGCCAUAGCCGCAGCGAUGGCUUUGACGGGGAGUAUGCUGCCCGCGGCCGCACUGUCUACGUGCCGCGGGUAGAGAGAACCCUCGACGUCGACGCUUCUCUUCGCAAGUACGAAGCCAAGGGCCGGCCGGAACUCGUGUCGUUCAAGGGUUGCGGGCGUCCGCUCAAGCUCACGAUCAAGACGCCCGGUCUUCUCGAUACCUUUAGAUGGGAGGAGGACGAAGUCUACUACGAGCCCCUGCCCGAAGACUGGAUCGAGGUUGAGGUAAAGGCGGUGGGUCUCAACUUCAAGGACGUCCUCGUCGCCUUGGGAAACCUCGCCGAGAACAAGCUCGGCGUCGAUGCGUCAGGUAUUGUCACACGUGUGGGUUCGGCAGUGAGGGACUUCAAGCCCGGGGAUCGUGUAAUGACCGCAUCUUGCGAUACAUUCGCCACAUACGUCCGCUUCCCUGCCAAGGGCGCCAUUACCGUGCCCGAGAAGAUGAGCUUCGAGGAGGCGGCAUCUAUGCCACUCAUCUUCCUCACAGCGUACUAUUCCUUGGUCACUGCUGGCAAUCUCUUCAAGGGCGAGAAGAUCCUCAUCCACGCCGCCGCCGGUGGUGUCGGCCAGGCUGCCAUCAUGAUUGCACAGCGCAAGGGAGCCGAGAUCUUCGCCACUGUUGGGUCAGACGAGAAGAAACAGCUCAUCAUGGACCAAUACGGCAUCCCUGAGGAUCACAUCUUCAGCAGUCGUGACGCUAGCUUCGCCAAGGCCGUCAUGAGAGCCACCAAUGACCAGGGCGUGGACGUCGUCCUCAACUCCCUGGCCGGUGAGCUUCUCCGCUUGUCUUGGCAUUGCCUGGCCAAGUUUGGACGCUUUUUGGAGAUUGGAAAGGCGGAUCUGUUUGCCAACACCGGUCUCGACAUGAAGCCUUUCCUGGACAACAAGGCAUACAUUGGUGUCAACCUUUUGGACUUUGAGAACAACCCUACGCCUCGCGCCGUUGCUCUCUGGGAGGACACGGCCAAACUCAUCCACGACGGCUCCGUUAGGCCGAUCGCGCCUAUCCAGAUGUUCUCGAUGGCCGAUGUCGAGAAGGCGUUCCGUUUCAUGCAGGCUGGAAAGCACAUGGGCAAGGUUGUCGUGCGCGUCGACGACACCGAUGUGGUCCCCGCCGUUCCCCGGAUCCCCCGCGUUGGUAUCCAGGCAGAUGCCAUCUACGUCGUUGCAGGUGUUGGUGGUAUUUGCAAGGAGAUUGGUCGCUGGCUUGCUGAGAAGGGUGCGAAACAUCUAGUUCUGCUGUCUCGUUCUGCUGCCAGCGGCGAGGGGAACAAGGCCUUUGCUUCCGAGCUUCAGAAGACUUACGGAGCCACCACGUAUGCAUACGACUGUGACGUUGGAAACAAGGCAGCACUUCAACAAGUGCUGGAUGACCUUAAGUCGAAGGAUGUCCCCACUGUCAGGGGGUGCGUCACUGGCGCUAUGGUUCUCAGAGAUACUCUGUUUGAUAAGAUGACGGCGGACCAUGUUCGUACAACUGUUGGCCCCAAGGUUCACGGGACCUGGAACCUGCACGAACUGCUGCCGAAACAGCUCGACUUCUUCGUCAUGCUCAGCUCUCUGGCGGGUGUCAUGGGCCACCGCGGACAGGGCAACUAUGGUUGCGGUAACAUCUUCCAGGACUACUUUGCCGCUUACCGCCGCAGUCAGGGUCUGCGUGCCAUGACCAUCGACAUUGGGUACCUCCUGAGCGUUGGUUUCGUCGCCGAGCACGACGAGUACGUCGACCACGUCAAGGCCAUGGGUCUCAAGGUCAUGCACAAGAGUGAUCUCCACGGACUCAUGGCGACUGCUCUGGAGGGCUCAGAAGCGCACCCGCCCCAGGUCAUGUGCGGUCUGCCUUACAACGAGCACGAUGACGCAUGGUACUGGAUCCAGGACCAGCGCUUCGCUGGUCUCAGGAAGACGGCCGCGGGCUCCGGCACCGGCGGUUCCGCCAGCGUCUCGCUCCGCGAUGAGCUUGUCCGGUGCGGGAAGGCCGAUGACGAGGCGGUUCGCUUGAUCACGUCUGCUCUUGCGCAGCGCCUGGCCAAGCUGAUGAUGAUGCCCGAGGACGAUGUUGAUGCGGGAAAGCCGUUGAGUGCCUAUGGCGUUGACAGCUUAGUUGCUGUUGAGGUCAGAAACUGGAUUGCCAAGGAGGUGGCGGUCGAUGUCAGUGUCUUUGAUAUCAUGGCCAACAUCCCGAUGAGGCAGCUUGCCACGGACCUGGCUGGCAAGAGCAAGCUCCUCACUCAGGAGGCAUCGUAG